GCGUUUAGCCUCGACGACGACGGCCAGGAAGGGGGGGGGGGGCCCCCCCAACAGGCCCGGCGCGCCUUCCAAAAGACCCUCGCCCGGCGGUCCAUGUAGCCCCGGACCGAGCACGCCCACCACCACCGCGAUGUCCUCCCCGGUGCGCUCGCCCACCCUGCGGCCCCAUCGGAUGAGGAAGGACGAGUCUUUCCUGGGGAAACUCGGAGGGACGCUGGGCAGGAAGAAGAAAGCCAAGGAGGUGUCUGAUCUGCAAGAAGAAGGUAAAAAUGCUAUCAAUGCUCCGAUGUCCCCUGCUACAACUGAUCUUCAUCCAGAAGAUACAUUACUAGAGGAAAAUGAAGAACGUACCAUGAUAGAUCCCACUUCAAAGGAGGAUGCCAAGUUUAAAGAACUUAUCAAGGUCCUGAUUGACUGGAUAAAUGAUGUCCUGGUUGAAGAAAGGAUAAUUGUCAAACAGCUUGAGGAAGACGUCUAUGAUGGGCAAGUGCUACAGAAAUUGCUAGAAAAACUUGCUGGUCAUAAACUAAAUGUGGCUGAAGUGACACAGUCUGAAAUUGGACAGAAACAGAAACUGCAGACUGUCCUGGAAGCCGUCUAUGAUUUACUUCGACCUCAUGGCUGGACGAUCAAAUGGAGCGUGGACCUGAUCCAUGGCAAGAACCUGGUGUCCAUCCUCCACCUGCUGGUGGCUAUGGCCAUGCAUUUCCGGGCUACUAUUCGGCUCCCUGAACAUGUUUCUGUGCAAGUAGUCGUUGUAAAGAAGCGAGAAGGGUUACUCCAGACGGCCCAUGUGACCGAGGAGAUCACUACUACAACUGAAAUGAUGAUGGGAAGGUUUGAACGAGAUGCUUUUGAUACACUCUUUGACCAUGCUCCAGAUAAACUAAGUGUGGUGAAAAAGUCCUUGAUCACUUUUGUAAACAAACACUUAAACAAGCUGAAUUUGGAGGUGUCGGAAUUAGAAAGCCAGUUUGCAGAUGGCGUCUACUUGGUGCUCCUGAUGGGUCUCCUGGAAGAUUAUUUUGUUCCUCUCCAUCACUUCUUCUUAACACCUGAAAGUUUUGAUCAGAAGGUUCACAAUAUCUCCUUUUCUUUUGAGCUGAUGCAAGAUGCGGGACUCAAGAAACCAAAAGCGCGACCGGAAGAUGUUGUCAACCUGGAUCUGAAGUCUACCCUGCGGGUUUUAUACAACUUGUUCACGAAGUACAAGAAUGCAGAGUGACCGGAAGUUCUCCAGAAACCGCAAGGGAUGUCCCAGGAAACGGCUUUCGAUUUCCCUUCUUAUGUUUUGUUGUCUUUCCAGUCAGUUUCCUAACUUGGUGGCCCUUCAGUUGGGUCGGUAGGCAGCUCCCAUUAUCUGAAGUGAGUGAAAGCGGUUCAAGAAUGAAUGCUGUUGUCCAACAAUCUAGAACAGGGGUGUCAACCUCUCAAGGCCCGGGGGUGGCAUCUGGCCUGCUGGGUGCUCAGAUCUGGCCCAUGGGGCUACCCUGGAAACAGUGAAGGACUGACCUGAAGUGC